AUGGCAGACGAUACACGGCAGCUUAACACACUACCAGCUGAUGAAAACCCUCAGUCAAAUGCCCGUCCUUUCACAAGACCGAAACCCAAACAUGAUUUCCCAAGAACGCAGGCUGGAAAAAUGUGGGAAAUGCUGGGUAAUCCCGCGGAGCCAGCAAAUACCUUGCCCGGAGGGUCCUACAACUCAGCAGGUGGCAAACCUCCCGAGGUGACCUGGAGAGAUGCCUUCAACUUCUCAUACGAAGGAAAAGGCCCUUCCUGGUAUCAGGUACCAUGUGCAAGAGAUGCACUGCUUGUUGGACUUUCUUCAAUGUUGAUCACCACCAACUUGGCAGUCGCUGGAUUCGCACUCUCAGCCUCCGGAAUGUACUAUUGGUGCGAUCAACGACGGCGAGAGGAAGCAAGAGGCAUGGCAAUGGCUGUUCAGGGCAUGAGGAUGCUGCAUGAGAAGAAAGCUCGGGAGAAAGCCGCCGAGGACGCUGCGCGAGUAGCGGCGGCUGCGGAUAUCGAGGAGAAGGAACGAAAGAGAAGAGCUCAAUGGUACAAAUUCUGGUAA